AUGGAUCACGACCAUGUAAUCACUAUCGAGCUCGGGAAGCCAGAGGAGUAUGACCAAUCUACCGAGGACAUCACGCCGAGCCCAACACCACCGCCGACCUCCAGCCAAAGAAACCAGGGGCCUCGGUACGCAGCUUCGACCAAGUCCUGCUUCUUCUGCCAGAACACGCUUCUACUAAGCUACUUCAACUGCUGCGCCCAACAGCAACAGCAACAACGAAAGGCCAGCAUCAGAUUCCCUCCCCUUGCCUAUCACGCAGCCGCGGGAACCCUCAGUAUCACCACCACCACCAACAACAACAACAACAACGCCGCCCCCCUAUUCCUCCUCCUCUCCCUCAGACGCCGAAAACCACAAACCUCCUACCAAAGCCCCCCACUGCCCCAGCCCCUACUGCCGAUACACGCACACCCGCCCUCUCAUGCUGGUCUUCGCGCUGAGCGAAGCCGUGCCUUCCCUCGGCGGCCUGGCGCUGCUCAACGCGGCGCUGUACCGGCACGACUAGGCGCAGUUCCGGUUCGCGGGGAUGCUGGCGCUGCAGUGGUGGCAGAUCUUCGUGCUGCCGCGGCAGUGGGCGCGCGGGCGCUCCGUCGUCGCCGGUCAGCUUGUCGCGUGCCUGUUCAUGGUGUGGUUCUACGUCGACGGGAGUCGCAACUGGAGGUGGUGGGAGCCGCUUGCUGUUAG